GAGGAACAACUGACAGGCUCAAGAGCAAAGACUGGUGGGCAGUUGGAGAAGAGGCAGCCAGAACUGCAAGGAGCAGAGGAAUUCCAGGAAGGUGAAGCGGCAGAAGUCUUGGUGUCCAUCCCCUGGCUGAGCCAAGAUGGGUGACUGGAGCUUCCUGGGAGAAUUUCUGGAAGAAGUACACAAGCACUCCACGGUGAUCGGCAAAGUCUGGCUCACUGUGCUCUUCAUAUUCCGCAUGCUGGUGCUGGGCACGGCCGCCGAGUCUUCCUGGGGGGAUGAGCAGGCUGACUUUCAGUGUGAUACGAUGCAGCCCGGCUGUGAGAACGUCUGCUACGACCAGGCCUUCCCCAUCUCCCACAUUCGCUACUGGGUGCUGCAGAUCAUCUUCGUGUCCACACCCUCGCUGUUGUACAUGGGCCAUGCCAUGCACACCGUCCGCAUGCAGGAGAAGCGGAAGCUACGUGAGGCCGAGAGGGCCAAGGAGGUCCGGGGUGCUGGCUCUUACGAGUACCCAGUGGUGGAGAAGACAGAACUGUCUUGCUGGGAGGAAGUGAAUGGCAAGAUUGUCCUCCAGGGCACUCUGCUCAACACCUACGUCUGCAGCAUCCUGAUCCGCACCACCAUGGAGGUGGCUUUCAUCGUGGGCCAGUACCUCCUCUAUGGGAUCUUCCUGAGCACUCUGCAUGUCUGCCGCAGGAGUCCCUGUCCCCACCCGGUCAACUGUUAUGUAUCCAGGCCCACGGAGAAGAAUGUCUUCAUUGUCUUUAUGCUGGCUGUGGCCGCACUGUCCCUCUUCCUCAGCCUGGCUGAACUCUACCACCUGGCUUGGAAGAAGAUCAGACAGCGGUUUGUCAAGUCGAGGCAGAGCAUGGCUGAGUGCCGUCUUCCUGGCCCCUCUGCGGGCAUAGUCCAGAAUUGCACCCCACCUCCCGACUUCAGUCAGUGCCUGGACAAUGGCCCUGGGGGGAAAUUCUUUAACCCCUUCAGUAAUAAUACGGCCUCCCAGCAGAACACAGACAACCUGGCCACUGAGCAAGUGCAGGGCCAGGAGCAGAUUCCCAUGGAGGGUUUCAUUCACGUUCGUUAUGGCCAGAAGCCUGAGGUGCCCAAUGGAGCCUCACCAGGCCCUCGUCUUCCCCAUGGCUACCAUAGCGACAAGCGCCGUCUUAGCAAGGCCAGCAGCAGGGCCAGGUCAGAUGACCUAUCAGUGUGACCCUCCAUCGUGGGAGGACCAGGACCAGUACCAGGACCAGGACCAGGUGGGAACCACUCAGGGUCAGAAGAAGGAAGAUGUGUCUCUUCUGAUCUCAUUCUCUCAUUCUCAUCACUGCUCUACUCCUUUGGACCCUGGGUUUCAGUGGCAAUACUGAGCGUGGCAUUACUGGACACAGCUGCUGAGUUCCAGGUGGGCCCUGUGAGUGUCAGAGACAUGGCUACCCAACCAGCCUGCUCUCCCCUCCCCAUCCUCUACCCAGAAUACUUGGUGAACCCUUUCAGAUUACUGGUUGAGAAGGCAAAGGGAGGAAGGAAGCCAUGGCCAAAUCUGACCUGAAAGGGUAGCUGUAUGAAUCGAAUGACUUCUACAUAGCAGCAGCACACCAGAGGGGUUCUUCAGGUCCCUGUGGCUUCUAUGAUCUGAUCACCUUCCCUUCCUAAGCCUGAAGUUACCAGCCGACAAAGAGCAUGAAUCAGAGCAUGAAUCAAGGAGCUUACGUAGAUGUGCUCUUAAUUCUGUCUCCAUGAGCUAUUCCUUGGAGUAAUGGUGAGUGGUCCUUGGGACACCAUUGGCUACCCCUUCCUCUACCCAGUCUUAUAAAGGGGUCCUUGGAACUUGGCCAACAGCUUCAUCUUUACCGGUGCCUUGUUACUGUAUUUACCUCUGGCAAAUGUCCCGCCAUGGUGAUGUAUCCUCUCCUUCUGCCAGGGUGUACAAGCAGCACAUGUGGGUGCCAGCUCCUCUAGAGAGUCCCUGUACAGAGUCCACCGGAAUUCCCGCUACCACCUGUCAUCCUGCAACUCCUUUACAGUUCAGCUCGAUGAUAGAAACCAUCUCUUCCCUUCCUCCCUUGGUCACCCAGCACGCCCCUAAAGAACUUAUCAACA